UCGUGAUCCUUCCGCCCCGUCCGCCCCAAAACAAAUCUCACGGCUUCUUCCGCCUUCCGAGACUCGCACAAACCUACACCGUCGACGGGCUGCUCGGCGCUGUUGGAUCUCCAGGCUUUCCCCCCCGUACAUCCUCCUCCUCCUCGAAGUAGACAACGCAUGCAAAGAGCAGGAAGACGAGAUGGCGAUGGAGGGCGGCGCAGGGGAGCUCCAAUGCGUUGGGAAGCUGGAGAUCGCGAACCCGAAGCCCGUCGGGUUCCUCUGCGGAACCCUCCCCGUGCCGACCGAUUCCACCUUCCCCCUCUUCCAGUCCGCCCUCCUUCCCUCCCCCCAUGUAAUUGGGGCGCCUAGGUAUCAGAUGCUGCCGGCCGAGACCGAUCUCAACACCCUUCCUAUUCUGUCCAACCUUCCUGAGAAGGUCUUCCCGUCCGCUGCAAAGAUUAACGAAGGGUUUCAUUUGGAGAGCAACCCAAUUAGUCAAAAUUUGUCGCGGAAAUGUGAGGCUCUCGCUGUCUCUGGUCUGACGGAGUAUGGAGAUGAAAUAGAUGUAGUAGCUCCGGCUGACAUUCUGAAGCAAAUUUUUAAAAUACCUUAUUCAAAGGCUCAAUUAUCUGUCGCUGUUCAUCGUAUUGGUGAUACACUCAUCUUGAACACAGGCCCUGAUUUCGAGGAAGGAGAAAAGGUUUACAGAAGACAGAGCAAUCAAUCUAGAAAUUCUGAUCCUUCAAUUUUGUUAAACUUUGCUAUGCACUCUGUGAGAGCUGAGGCCUGUGACUGCCCACCUAGUUACAAGCCAUCAUCCAUGGAGCAGUCAAGUUCCACAAUCCUACCAGGGCAUUUUGGACAUAGAGAGGUUCCUUUUGUAUCUUCAACAAACACUCAUGUUAGUAAGUCUCAGUUUCUUGAUCAAAAUUCCAGUGGCACUCGGAAACCUUCUCAAGGGAAUCAGGAUGCAUAUUUUUGGGGUACCAAGCAGAACAAGCAGAAAAAUAAAACAUCAGAUCCUAUUGAAAAGUCUUCACAAGUUGGUGAGAAGCCGAGAUUUCCAAUGCAAGAGUCUGAUAAGUUCAAAAGAUUGGGUAAUAAUGGUUUUCUAAGGGUCUUGUUUUGGCAAUUUCACAAUUUCCGAAUGCUUUUGGGCUCUGACUUGCUUUUAUUCAGCAAUGAGAAAUAUGUUGCAGUAAGCCUACAUCUCUGGGAUGUCUCAAGACAGGUCACUCCAUUAACUUGGCUUGAAGCAUGGCUUGACAAUGUCAUGGCAAGUGUGCCUGAGUUAGCUAUCUGCUACCAUCAGAAUGGUGUUGUUCAAGGCUAUGAACUCCUAAAAACUGAUGAUAUAUUCCUCCUCAAGGGUAUAUCUGCAGAUGGCACACCAGCUUUUCAUCCACAAAUUGUCCAACAAAAUGGGUUGUCAGUGCUGAGGUUUCUUCAGGAUAACUGCAAACAAGAUCCUGGUGCAUAUUGGCUCUAUAAGGGUAAUGGAGAAGAUGUGAUACAACUGUUUGAUCUUUCUGUCAUACCAAAGAAGCACUCAACUGAUGAUCAUGAUGAAAGUUGUAGUUCGUUGUCAUCACUGAUGGACAAAGGAAGAAGGGAUUCAUUGUUUUCUCUUGGAACACUUCUCUAUCGUGUUGCUCACAGGCUGUCACUUUCAAAGGCACCUGAUAAUAGGGUAAAGUGUGCAAAGUUUUUCAAAAAAUGUUUGGAGUUCCUUAGUGAGCAAGAUCACCUAGUGGUCCGUGCAUAUGCUCAUGAACAGUUUGCGAGACUAAUUUUAAAAUGUUACGAGGAACUUGAACUAACAUUAGAACCAUUUCUUCCAGAAUCAGAAGUCAGUGUUACUAACUUAGAAGAUGAAUCUUCGGUAGAAAUGUUUGUUUCAAAGUCCCAAGAUAAGAGGUUGUCUGAUGAUGUUAAACAUGAGAAUCCAAAAGAAUCUGGAAUGGAGAAACUCGAAACAGAAACAUAUUCAAAUGAAAAUGUUCAGUCAUCUGCAACUAUGGAAAUCGAGACAUUAGAAAGCAAGGUUAGUUCCGGAAUACGUGAUAGCUUGAUUAUGUGUCAGAACAUAAGUUCUCCACCUAUGGUUAGUACGGUUGCUGAUCCAAUCUCCUCCAAGUUAGUUGCAAUACACCAUGUGUCCCAAGCUAUCAAAUCUCUCAGAUGGAAGCGUCAGCUGCAAAACACUCAAGGGGAUUUGAUUGACCAUGGAAGCAGGAUUCAUGAUAUAUCUUCCUCUGUCAAUUUUUCUUUAUGUUCUUGUGGUGAUGCUGAUUGUAUUGAAGUUUGUGAUAUUCGUGAAUGGCUUCCAAAAUCUAGAAUUGAUCACAAAAUGUGGAAGCUUGUUCUUUUGUUAGGAGAGUCCUAUCUAUCUCUGGGUGAGGCUUAUAAGGAGGAUGGACAAUUGCUUCGGGCCCUCAAGGUUGUAGAAUUAGCGUGUUUACUUUACGGGUCAAUGCCUCAAUAUCUUGAGGAUGCUCAAUUCAUAUCAUCUAUGACCAGUAGCUCAUCAUGUCAGCUAAAGCUUGAUAGUGGCAAAGAUUCGACUUAUGUAGUUGCAGAUUCUGCAACAGAUUUGGAACCAAAGCUCUUUGAGGAUGCUUGUUGUGAUGGUCAGUUCUCUUCAACUAACUUAUUCUGGGCUAAGGUAUGGACACACAUUGGGGAUGUAUAUGUGGAGUAUCAUAGAAGAAAUGGUAAAGACAUAACAGUUCAAGCAGAAAAAAAUACAUCAGGAAAUGAGGUUCGAAUGUCAAAUGAAGUUGUGAAGGAGGUAAAACGUCUGAAAAAAAAACUAGGACGGUGCAAGCAAAAUUGCAGCACUUGUUCUUUGAUGAACUGUAGCUGCCAGAGUGAUAGGGCAAGCAGUGGAAACAGCGCGAGCAGUAGCACCAGAGAUACUCCCUCAUUUUACAACAGAAAACCCAGUAGAAAAUCAACAAUAAAAAACUUGCCAUUUUCACCUUCUGUACAAACCCAAAAUAAUAAUAAUCCAUGUAUGGUAGGGAUAUCAAGUGUUUUUGAUGGUGACCAGUUGCAGUAUGAUGUACCUGUUGGAUCGAGAGGAGAUGAGGAGCCCAAGAAAAGCUCUAUAUCAACUGGUGUUGAACACAUCAAUCAUGACAAGGAUAUUUGCACCAAAAAUUCUAAAGAAGCAAUUGUUUCUGAACCAUGUAGUACUGAUUCAUCCAAGGCAAGAAGUGGAGGUGUCUUUAAGUUUCUUGAAGGUCCUAAGCCUGGAGAUGUUGAAUAUAACUUAUCUGCUGCUGUCGGUUGUUACAGAGAAGCUAGUAAAGCCAUGGACGGACUUCCUAGUGGCUUAGGAGAACUUGGUUCUGUCUUGAAGAAGUGGGGAUGGGUCUCCAAUGAACUUGGUCGAUACAAACUUGAGAACAGGAAAUUGGCUGAUGCUGAAAUUGCAUUUGCAGAUGCUAUAAAAGCAUUUAAAGAAGUUAGUGAUCAUACCAACAUCAUACUGAUCAACUGUAAUUUAGGCCAUGGCAGAAGAGCAUUGGCUGAAGAACUAGUUUCCAAGAUGGAUGAACUUAAGAAGUAUGACCUACUCCAAAAUGCAUAUAAGCAAGCUAUGAAUUCAGCUAAGUCCGAAUACACAAAAUCUCUGAAACACUAUGGUGCUGCAAUAAUGGAAAUGAACUUGGUUAGUGAGAAGGUUGAUACUUUUCUAUGCAAUGAAGCACACACACAAUAUGCUAACACAUAUCUGAGGUUUGGAAUGCUUUUGGCAAAAGAAAGCAUUUCAACUGAGAGUUAUGACUCUGGACACAUUGAUGUCUUGCUUAGUGAUGAAAAAAAGGAACAAGAAAAGCAUGUGAUAUCAGCAAGCGAUGCUUUUAGGGAGGCUUUGUCGACAUAUGAAGCCCUUGGUGAGCUGCGUAAACAGGAGGCUGCUUUUGCUCAGUUCCAGCUUGCCUGCUACUACAGGGAUUUAUGUUUAAAGUUCUUGGAUUUGGACCACAAACAAGUGAAAGACUCUAAAACUGAAAACAAAAAUCGACAGAAGGCAAAAUGGUAUGCCUCUUUAGCAGAGAAGAACUGGCAGAAAUCUAUUGCUUUCUACAGUCCGCAGACAUAUGCUGUUAUGUACUUAAAUAUGCUUAUGGAGCAAUCAUCCCUUUCUUUGCGCCUCUCAGAGUCAUUUCAUUCGAACACGAUGUUGGAAGCUGCACUAGUACACCUACUGGAAGCUCGCCAUGUUGUUGAAGCUGAUAAUGAUCAGACUUCUGAGAUCAAAGAGAAAUUCUGGAAUCAGUUACAGGCACUCCUUAAGAAUAUGUUGGCUGCCGCACUCUCAGCUGGUGCAAAUAAAGCUGGAGUUAUCAGUCAAGCACCGCAUUGCAGUAGAGGUGGAGAUGCUGCCAAGCUGAGGGAGAUGUAUAGGCUCUCAUUGAAAUCAACCAGUCUACAUGAAUUGCAUGUCAUGCACAAGCUAUGGUUAUCAUAAAUGAGAUUUUGAAGUCAAAUUGGCUUGUUGUGGCAGCUUCUCUUUUCUUCUGAGUUAAUAUAUACUGAUAUUGCUGCGGUAACCUUCCAACAGUUCUUUGUUUGUUAUCCUUACGGGGGAUAACCUGCAAACUAAUUUCUGCUCGUUCUUUCAAUUUGACCUGGAGAACUGGCACAUCCAGUUAGCCUGAAAGAAAUGAUAUGGCAUCUAUGCAGCUGAUGGUUUUACCAUUGCACCACCCGAAUGCAAGAGCAACAUGGCAUCUUCCUCGAGAAUCAAGCUGACCUUGGUUGCAUUCUUUUUUGGUAUCAAGAAAGCAAGCAUCUAAGCCUUAUUAUCUCCUUUCUGGAAUUAUCAGGAAAUCUUGAUUCAGUUCUCAUCCCCUCUUCAUCUCUAUCGUCACAUUCUCUUCACCUGUGGCUACGUGUAUUAUGGUGAAAUGACAGAAAACAAGGAAUUAUUCACCUGAAAGAUCUCAUAUGUACAUUAUCUUCUAAUUGCAGAACACAGAUAGCAAUUUUGGCAUAUGUAAAUUAGAAGUAAUACCAAUGAAAUUAUUGGGAAAAUCUCAGUUAUGCAUGCUAGGAUGGAUCCGAACA